AUGACAAGUGCCUGGAUUAGGACCUGCGCCGCUUCCUGCGCCAAACCAACUCACCUCAAACCACCCCACCUCAAACCAACCCACCUCAAACCAACCCACCUCAAACCAACUCACUUCAAACCAACCCACCUCAAACCAACUCACCUCAAACCAACUCACCUCAAACCAACUCACCUCAAACCAAACCACCUCAAACCAACUCACCUCAAACCAACUCACAUCAAACCAACUCACCUCAAACCAACCCACCUCAAACCAACUCACCUCAAACCAAACCACAUCAAACCAACUCACCUCAAACCAACUCACCUCAAACCAAACCACCUCAAACCAACUCACCUCAAACCAACUCACAUCAAACCAACUCACCUCAAACCAACCCACCUCAAACCAACUCACCUCAAACCAAACCACAUCAAACCAACCCACAUCAUACCAAACCACCUCAAACCACCCCACCUCAUACCAAACCACAUCAAACCAAACCACCUCAAACCAACUCACCUCAAACCAACCCACCUCAAACCACCCCACCUCAAACCACCCCACCUCAAACCACCCCACCUCAAACCAACUCACCUCAAACCAACCCACCUCAAACCACCCCACCUCAAACCAACCCACCUCAAACCACCCCACCUCAAACCAACCCACCUCAAACCAAACCACCUCAAACCAACUCACCUCAAACCAACUCACCUCAAACCAAACCACCUCAAACCAACUCACCUCAAACCAACUCACAUCAAACCAACUCACCUCAAACCAACCCACCUCAAACCAACUCACCUCAAACCAAACCACCUCAAACCAACCCACAUCAUACCAAACCACCUCAAACCACCCCACCUCAUACCAAACCACAUCAAACCAAACCACCUCAAACCACCCCACCUCAUACCAAACCACAUCAAACCAACCCACCUCACACCACCCCACCUCACACCACCCCACCUCAACUGA